CAUGAAGAGGCGGCUCCAGCUGGCAUCAGAGCGAGAGUGUGGGCGCAAGAGCAGACUUUUGAUAAAGGAGGGUAUUUACAGUGUUUUAACUGCUGUGUUUUUUGCGCUAUUUAUUAAUUUGUUAAAAUGUUCAUAUUAUAGUCUAUUUUUAAUUGUUUAUAAAAGUCCUUCCUGUUUUUAAGUGGCUGAAUUAGUGUGUGUGCGCGCGCGUGUGUGUGCGUGUUGGUAGCUGGGUGGGUAUAUAGUUCUGGUCUGAAGUUGACAUACCCCUUGCAGGAGAAAGAGACCCUGUGUAAUCUGUUUAAACGACUUUUACGCAUGUUUUGCAGAGAGAUCAUUUUCACCUUGCUGUUUGGGUCUCUGUCCCACACUGUUACAGUGCAGAAUUGAGAGCGCGCGAGGGAGAUCGAUUUUCUAUCAGAAACAGUAACUAUAUAAAAUGGACGUCAACACGCAGCACUCUGUGAGGUCAUUUCUCGCUCUCAACAGAGUAGUUGUGAUUGUUUAGUGUUUACGACAGGGCCAAAACAUUCAAGGCCAUGGUGUAUUUUGACUGUUCCUGUAGCAUAAUCUCACCAAACUGUGUGUACACGAGUCCACAGACACUGAGUCUAUUCACAGUUCCAUGCUGUGUAGAUGUUCUGCUCAUCCUCACUGUACCGUAAAGGUCAGAACCUCACAUCUGUAACCUUGUAGCUUUCCUUAAUCAACACGACUGCAACCAAGCUUGUGUAGCACUACUAUUUUUAGAUCUCCGCCUCUCAAAAGUAUUGGCGCCCUGCGCGGCCGCCUCUCAAAUCUUUUGGCGGCCAGCUCUCAAAUCUGUUGGCGCCCUAUGCGUCCGGCUGUCAAAUCUAUUGGCGCCCUAUGCGUCCGGCUCUCAAAACUAUUGGCGCCCUUCACGGGCAGUUCUCAAAAGUAUUGGCACCCGAUCUGAAUUUUGCCACGGCAAGCACCACUCACAUUUUCUUCAGGAAAUGUACCUUAAAAUAAUAAAAAGUCUCUCACUAGGCUGUGUGUCGAGAUAAACGUGAAAACAUCUUGAGCUUGUGUUCACCACAGACCUUAUUUCCGGCAUUUAACCCAAAACCCCAUUGACGGAAGUGCUAGUACGCUGAAUCGUUUCUGGGUUUCACGACUCAUUCCUGCAGCACUCUGUAAGACGGGCUGUUGUUAUCAAACCAUCGAAGUAAGAUAAGCGGCUUUGGUAAUGAUUCUUUAAAUGAACCGAUUCAGAAUCCUCUUCUUGAAUCGUUUGAGUCGUUCUCACUCGGUCAGGGUUGCACGUGUGGGUUGCUUUUCCUGCACGUGUAAUCAGCACGUGUUCACAGACCGUAAAUCCCGACCCCAUGGUAGACACUUGACAGAAAUUUCAUACUAAAGUAAGUAUUUUAUAUUUUCUGGGUCUAAACAGAGCAGAAGUAUUGCUAACGUGUUGUACAGAUUCUAUUGGACUGGUGAACUGUGUGGAUUUGUAUAUUUAACCCAGUUUAAUAUGGCCUGCUUUGUUCAGUCAGAGACAAGUAAAUCUGUUCUAAUGUUCAUUUAUUUUAAAACACAUGUUUGUUUACACAUGAAUACGUACUUUAUGUUUUCAGAAUGGUGGAGAUUUGGCUCUUAACUAUGGUUAAGUGGGGGGUACUAUAAAAUGCACAGUUCUGAGACACUAUAUACCUAUACUGUGAAAUCAGUACAUGUGUGUGUUUAGAAUGAUUAUAGCUUUUGGGGAAAAAACUAUUCUUGAAUCUAUUAGUCCUUGUUCUGAUGCACCUGUAACGUCUCCCUGAGGGCAACAGAUCAGAGCCAGGGUGAGAGCUGUCCUCAAUGAUGGUUUUUCCUCUGCUGAGGCAACGGGGGGUGUAAAUAUCCAUCAGGGAGGUGUUGUGGAUAAAAAAUGUCAUAAAAUAAACAUAAGGGAGACCUAGCAUCCAGCAAAGGGGAGAAGAAGAAAAGAUGGGCACCUAGACACAUAGAAGCGGGAUUAGGCGGACAUUGACAAAUUGGAAUUACACUUUAAAGAUCUUUAAGAGCAGUAGUAGUCAAAAAAGUCAAAAAGAGGUAUACGAGCUGAGCUGAGGAGUGCUAAUACACACACACACACACACACGCUCGUACAGUCAAGGGCGGGCAAGUAGACACAACAUACACACACAUGAAUAACUUUAAUAAUCUUAUUGUAAUAGAGAAACUCUCUAUAAAAAAACAGAAUAGUAGGAUAUGCAGGACAGUAUGGAGGAUAUGCAGGAGCUUAAGCUCAUCACUUCUGAGAAUUCUCAUCUGUGUGGAUCUCGUGUGGUGGAACGGAACAAUAAAUCUGGACCCUUGCUUCUUCUCACUCACGGCUGGUGUCUUUUUUUUCUAUCUCCAACUGGGCUCAGAGGUAGAUGUGAGUGUUGGCUUCUAUGUUGAAUUUUAAGUGUUUUUGGGUAAUAGGCUAUAUUUGAGCCAACAGAGGGGAGAGGUAAUAAAUAAACUUAUAAAUGUGAUUACUUGAUGACCGUAGACAGAGCUCUAUAAAUGUGAAAUGUUUUGUUGAAGUUCAGAUGAAUCUCUGAUGUACAGAAUAUUCAACAGAGUUCUGCAGAAAGAUUUUGAAUGCCUGUCAUUCACCAGAACAAAUUUGCAGUUGAACAGUCUGUCUAAAAGAAAAAAUCUAAACACACAAUAUAAAAUUCCUGCAGUGUGAAUAAAGCCUUUGUGUUGCUUUUAGCAAACAUGUCUAGUACUCUCGGUUCAAUGUACACAAUUUACCCCAUUUAAAUGCAUUUUGGAAAUUGUUCCACAUGGCCUUAAAGUGUGAAUAUUCACUGUAUGCCAAAUAAGUAAUCAAAGAAUGGAACUGAAUUUUUUCUUCUCUAACGGACCAUUAAUCACAAUUAUAAAAGAUGAUGCAUCAGGUACAAAGUAUCAGGGUUUUUUCCCCCUCUUUUUCCCACAGUAGUUGCAUGAUUUUUGCUACACCCUUUCCACCGUGUGUGUGUGUGUGUGUGCGCGCGCACUACAAAUCACUUUGAGGUAAAAAUAUUUUAAGGCAGCCACUUUCACCUUCCUACAACAAUUGGUGACUGGUCUGAGGUGAAGCUUCUUGUCAUGUUACUGUGGUCAUGGAUCACAUUGUGGGGAUCUCUGUAAUGUAACCAUUUCUGUAAUUAUCCUUACCUGCUUUUGUGCUUCUGUGUCUUCUGUUGGUGCUUUAUUCUGCUUUUUAGGGCCCGAGCACCGCUGCUGCAAAGCCCUAUUGGAUCUGCUGUUUAUUAUUGGGGCAGAGCACCGAAGGUGCAGCGCUUCCGGUGUCCACCAGAGGGCGCAUGCACCGGAGGUGCAGGGCCCUAUUGAUUUUCUGGUGUUUAUUGUUUAUUUCAUGCAUUCUUGUCGUUUUUAAGGGCCUAAACAUGGCUGAAAACUCCCAAAACUCGGUAGACGCGCCAGCACCAGUGAAAAUGUAACUUACAUUGGGCAUGGGCAUGGUCGAGGAGCUCCUUAGCACCCCUGAAGGCAGGCAAUGGUCGGGAUGAAGUUGCUCCGAUGUGCACGAUUUACUAUAUAUAUAUAUAUAAUUAGAUAGAUAUGGGGUAAUAAAGUGUAAAAUAUAGAUAAUUCACAAUAAUUUAAUAUCAGAUAUCAGUUACAUUCAGCUUCGGACACAAGUUCCAGGUACUGAUCGAGAAGGAGUGGAUCAGCUUCGGACACAAGCUGACCUCGCGUGUCGGCCUUGGAGAUGAGAAUCACGCCAACUCGGAACGAUCCCCUCUCUUUGUGCAGUUCAUCGACUGUGUGUGGCAGAUGAUGAGACAGGUCAGCUACUGAUGCUUUACACCACAACACUGUUGAAUUCUCCAAUCUGAUUGGUCAGAAGGCGUUGGAGACAUUUCUGGAACAGCAAGAUUCUGAUUCCUGCUGCAAGGGAAAUUACAGCUUUAUAGUGAUGUGCUCGUUCUCGUUCCUAUAGUAACAGCUCAUUGACAGGGUCUAGUAUGGCGUACGCAAUACAUAUUCUAAGCUUAAUCGUAAACAUAUUAUAAACAUGUCACUUAAAGAAAAAGACGUAUGAUCAUUGUGAUCUAGUUAAGAUUUAUAAGUUAUCUAUUUAUGGAAGUUUUAUGGAAGUAGUCUCCAGUGUCACGGCAGAGAGGACAUUGCACUUUCCAGUUUCUCAGUAACAUUGCAAGUCUUAUUAAUUUCAAGAGUUAGGGGGAAAAAAGAGAGGCUUGUGAGGGAACUAUUGUUUUAUUUUAAUGUUAUAAAGUAAGAGAUCAUAAUGAGAACUAACUCUCUUUUCCAGGACAUUCCAAAUUGUUCUUUGGCUAUGCCCCAUGUUUGUGCAAUGGUUCAGACCGGUUUUUCCUCUUUUCGCAGCUUCAAAAUGGCUUGCUUUUCUCCCAUAGACAGCUCUCUGGUCUUCAUGUCGGUUUAUUCUUUUUAACAACAAAUGCUGUCUCCACAGGUGAAACCCAGGGCUCAAACCAAGAGAAGACAUUCAGAGCUAUUCAUUCUUUAAAGUCCAUUUAACGAGGUACACCUGGCCAGCAAGAAAAAAACAUCAGUCACUCGUUCCAGUAUUUUUGAACAGUUAAUGAAUAGGAUGGCUUCAAAAAAGCUGCCAUAUUUUAAGCUGUGUAACACGUCUAGAUGUAAAUAUGAGGAAAUGAAAGCUGAAAUUCUGAUCUAUCGUCUCAUAUUCGUCUUUUAUCUCAAACCCAAAUGUCUUCAGUAUACAGCAAAAGCAAGUGAAUUGGCCUUGAUGUUCCAAUACUUUUGAAGAGGACUCUAAUUGUAAGAAUUAAAUAUAAUUUCCGUACUGAACAAAAGACUGAUUAUCUGUUCAGGCACUAUUGUGCAGAUCCGCAUUUAAGCAUCUUACUAUACACUGAGUUCAAAGAGCUUUUUCUCAUCCCCAUCCUGGAUCGCCCCUACAGCUGCCUGUUUGGUACAUUCCUCUACAGCAGUGAGCAGGAGAGAAUGGAAAAGGAAGUACAGGGUAAAACAGUCACUGUGGUCCUACGUUAACAGUCAGCCGGAGGACUUCACUAACCCGUUCUAUGUGGACUGUAAAAACCAGGUGCUGUAUCCACUGGCCAGUCUCACACAUCUGGAGCUCUGGGUGGGUUAUUAUGUGCGUUGGAACCCACGCAUGAGACCACAGAUGCCGCUCCAUCAGAAUCUGAGAGAGUUAUUGUUUUUGCGUGAAGAACGUGGAGGAGCUCCAGAGAGAGGCCACGUCAUCCUGCUCCAUCUCCUCAUCCUCAGAGCAUACUUCUCCCUCCUCACAUAGUGGAGGCGGUUCAGCUGGACGGAGAGAUCCUGCAUGCGCUGUGAAGCGAGUGUGUUCUGUGGCGUAUCGGCACCUGGACAAGCACAAGAUCGAGCCGGUGCUCUACAUGAUGGAGUGCUUCAUGUGCGCCUUCUCCAGAACUCUGCCCUGGGCCACGGUCCUCAGAGUGUGGGACAUGUUCCUGUGUGACGGAGUGAAAAUGAUAUUCUGUGUGGGUUUGGUGGUGUUGACGUCCAUGCUGGGUACUCGGGAUAAGCUCAAGGCCUGUCCGGGUCAGUAUGAGACCAUGGAGGUCCUCAGAGCGAUUGAGCCUAGAUACAUGCAGGAGGGCUUCUUCGUGCUCCAGGUUCUGGAGUUGCAGGUAUCGGCACAGGACGUGGAACGUGAGCAACGCACGCAGCUGAAGCGCUGGAAGAAGAAGCACGGCAAGCCCGGCCCCAAACUCCCUCAGAGAAUGCACAGUGCUCGCACCAUCAUGGCCACCGAGCCUCAUACACACCAAGACCUCCGCCAGAAACCCACCAUUAUGGUCCAGUACCCAUCGAUCCCUGAGGAGAAGUCCGAGCCGAACCUCAGGAAGAAGAGAGGGAGCCUGAAGAAAAACCAAGCCCUCAUUCCGAACCCCUACGCUCUACCUGGCGAGUCUAAACCUAGUCAGAUAUUGGACAUACAGCUUCUGAACCAGGAAAAUCUCAAUCUUGUACUUCCAAAUACACCAUCACAUCCACCACGGCUCCCUACAAUGCAGGAAAAUCAGGUCAAAGAGACGAGCACUUCUACAGAGCGACUCGUGCAGCGUCCUCGAAUUCCUCCAUCGAUAAGAAACUGGCGGAAUCUAUCCCUCUGCAACAUCUAUCCCUCCUUACUGCUCCUGUACACGGAUCACCUUCAGCGUAGCGUCCUCACCUGCUGAAAUGUGCUCCUGUCCAAUCCGGACAACCUGACCAUGAUGAGCUCCCUAAUAAUACAUAAAACUCAGCCACCAUUUUGGAUCCAUCUACACACUCAAGCCCUCUGCUAACGCACAACGCACCUGUCACCCACGACUCGCCUGCUGCUCCCGAGUACAAAAAGAACACUCAUUGAUUUUUUUUUUUUUUUGUUGUGCGUGUUAAACAGUGUGAUACGUUGAGGAAUUGAUUAUUGGCACACGUCUACUGAAUAGCAAGGAUCGUUAAGUCUUUAACGUGUGUAAACUAUACUUGUUAUAAACUAUACGUGUUAUAGUUUACACCGGAGGAACUGCAAACAAUCUGAGAGAGGACCACACUUGGUCCAAAAAUGUACACACACUCCACAAAAACUCUGCAGUUGCUGAGGACUGUUUACUCGCUCCAGUCUUCAGAAGGGAAACUACCUACAGAUUCACUUUUGAAAGACUUUCACAGGCAUCACAAACAUUUGUUUAUAUUACACUCGUAUCAAUUUGGCAGGUUUUUUUCUUCUUAAUCCGAAGCAACCACCACUUCUUUGUGUUUGUAUUUCACAAAUUUCCUUACCACAUCUUACAAGAGCUGCACGACAAUCACAACAAUCCUGUACAAUAGGCACAGCCUUUUCAUUAACAUAACCUCAGUGAAAUAUCCUCUGUCUGUAUACUUUACACGCAAACAAAACAACUCAAGCUGAGAACUUUAUUGCUGAUUCACGUUAUACCACACCGCCUUCUAAUAUAGAUCUGAUCUAUAUUAUAUAUACGUGUACCUUAGAUAAUGCCUCUCUGAACGCCAUGGUGGGACGUUCCCGAGUUGAAGUACUGUACAAGUCCUAAGCAUUAGAUCACCCCAAUUACUCUUGUAUACUCUUUCCAUACCAUCGUGAUCUUUGCCUGACGAAGCCAUACACAAAUCAUAAUUGACAUUUGGGGCCUAAUUCUAAAAUCACCACAUACCAAAUGCACAACCGUUUUGUCUUGCUGCCAUCACAAAAUAAUAAUGUUUAAACCUUAAGUAACAGAGUCACGGAGGGUGUAUAUAUUUUUCCACACUACAUGAAGUUUUGGGAUCCUUAUAGACUGUGGAACAGAAGUGUACUCAGUGUGUCUCCGCCGUUUUAUUUCAUAUUGGAGUACAACCAUUUUUCUUUUUUACCAUUAAGGAUGAAACACUUGUUUCUUUUAAAACACCGUCUUUAAAUGUUUUUCUACCUCCUAACUAAACCCUCGGACUUAAGACACGAUCUUUGGAGCUGUUGACGCCCUGCUCAGGGUUAAACAACAACGUCUUUACAUUACCUUCAUUAAUAAUUUGUCAAUCUAUCCUCUUGGUUUUUUUAUUUUUUUUUUGUAGCAAAAGUCAGGUCCUCUCUCAUUUCAACAGGUCCUCUUGUUGGUGAAUACACAGCAAUCUUCUAAGGGUAUUAGCAUUUCUCGGAGCAGACAUUGUAACAGAUAGUUGCAGAGUUUCUUCUGUGUUUUAACUACAACAUCUUAACCAUAAUUUUAACACUGAGACACAUGACUCCCUUUAAUUCGUUAACAAACACAUUUGUAAGAAUUCUGGUCAGCAAAACCCCCAAAAGAACACCUGUGUGUCUCUCUCUCACACUCACCCCCCACACACCCACAUAGUCAUCAGAGGUCAUAAAUGUACUGCUGGGACAUGGGAUGUCAAAGCAUAGACGAAAGCUUAUGUAUUUAGCGACAGUUCUGUGUAAGUAUCCUCGUUGGCGGACCAUUUUCUGAAAUCUUGUUUAUAGUUUAAACAAAAUGCACGACUCUUUUAAAACACCGUCUUUAAAAAAGGUUUUUCACCCUUAAAUUAACCUGGUUAGAAGGUAGGAUAUGUAAUACAUAUUUUCAUUUUCUUCAGACAUAUUGUCACUUCAGUCUUCACAACAAAUAACACUGAUGAUUUUGACCUUUCUUUCAGUAAAAGAGAACAACGACAUCAUACAGCCUUGAAGGACUGUAGAAAUUUUUAUUUUAUCAUCCUAAAUGGUUAGGUUUAGAAGGCAUGUAAUACGCACGUUUCUUAUAAAACACCGUCUUUAAAACGUUUACCUCCUAAAGGGACCUAUUUAGAAGGUAUGUAAAAACUUUUUUUUCUUUUUGAACAUUUGAACAUCGGGUAUAUCAAUGUUUUAGAGUAUUUAUUUCAGUAAAUUUUUAUUCAAAGUCAUGCCAAUUUCUCAAAAGUGCAAUCAAUAAAGUUUAAUUUAUUUCACAA